CACAGCAGUUCAAACCAUUACUAGACCAGAGGAAACAUUCUGAUUGCCCUGUCUUGAGUUUUAAUAAGAGGAAAAGCAUAGGCACCAUGUUUUAUGUUGCAUGGCAUUAAAAAGGAUGUGAUUUUACUCUUUAGAAAAAGCAGGGAGACACCAUUAUUCAGACUUGGACACUGAGUUUGUGAUACUGGAUUGCUGAGGGUCAUUAUGCUACAUUGCUGGGUGCUCUGCUUGGUGCUUGGGAUAUGCCUGGUUCACAACAGCCUCUCCCAAAGUGGGGAGGAUGAAACAGAAAUGGGCUCAGGGGAACCUUUCGCGGACUUCUAUUACAACCGCACAAGAGAACAAGAGAAGGAACCCAGGAAGGCUGUGACUCUCGAGCCCAAGUCUUCCUCAGACCAAUGCUCAAUCACAUUUCAUGCAACUCGACAGUCCAGCAGCUCCAGCCCAUGCAGUGCCAGGAAAGAUCAGAGGGUGUCUUGGGAUGAGGAGCUCGGCUACCUCAACAAAAUCGCACACAGCAACAAGGUCCUUAUGGAGAGUCUGAUCUACACAGCCAUCUCCGAGGUGGGGGAGGAGAAGUACCAGGAAGUCAUUUCAGAAGCCAUCGUGGGGAUCAGGGAGGACAACAUGAAGUUUGACGGGGUGGUGAAGAAGGUCCUGGAUGAGUUUGAAAUGCAGUUUGAAGGGGAUCUGGGUGGAGCACAGAAAGUUAAAGAAGAAUAUCUGAUCAUUGAACAAAUGCUACGCUCGACAGAGAGAAUCGCUAAGAAAUUGGAGAGUGUUUCCCAAGACCUCUAUUCCUCACUGACAAAACUUUCACACAAAUCUCCCUCCUUCUCAAUCCACAAUUAAAGAUGUUUUCCCACCUUGUAAGUGCUAGAGUCAACACGUGUCACAUUGUGUCACAUUUUUACAUAAUUGCAUCAUUUAGAAAUACGUACCUCCUUCCACUAUUUCCAUACAAAUAAUUGACAACCUUCUGUUCUUUCUGCAUAAUAUUUCCCAACAGGUGUUUUUUGAAACACAAUUUAGAUACAGAAAUAUGAUGGAGUAAUAUUCAAGAUAGAAACAUUAAAAAGUUGUUGAUUACCGCUUGGUCCCCUCUAAAAUGUGCACUAAAGUGAUUAAGUAAUCAAUAUCUGUUUUAAACUACUUUUUUUCAAUCUUUGUUCCUAUUGUCUUUCUACAAUCUGUGUACCAUAAUUUACUGUUACGCUUGUACCCUUUUUAUUGACAACACCCCCAUGGUUUAUUGACUACAGGAAUGUAUAUAAGCAGAUACUCUUGAUGAUAUCUACUGUUAAGAAUGGAAGUUAUUUUG